CCCCAAACUACCCACUGCCCAGGCUCCCUCUUGCCCCACCAGGAGAAGAUGGCUUCUGAAAAAUUAGUGGACAUCUUUGAAAUCUCUAAGUCAAUGUUCAUGUAUCCAUGGCUGGAAUAUCCAGAGAGGACCAAAGAAUUCAGAAAAGCCAUGGCUCCUGUUCACCUGCCCUUGUCCUGCUACAAGAUUCCAAAGGAAGAGCUUCCCCCAAGUCCGGAAUGCUGGCGGCAGCACCCGAGCAAGCCAGGUUCAGUCUCUUACUGCUACUCCAAGACACCUGAGAUCUACUCACAUUGGCAUACCCUGUAUGACCAGCGGAAGGAACGGGAGGUCCAGAAAGUGUUAUUGAAAAUGAGAGGCCACCAUCCUAAUACCCAAAAGUUCCACCUCCCCAUGAGCAAGUUGGCUAUGAAAUCUCAGGUGGGACCUGGGCCGUUAGAGCCUACCAGGGAUCAUCUGAAAUGGCAAAGAUUAGAGGAGCUCACAAAAACCUUGGAAUCUCCCAGAGAAGAUGAUCAGUUCUAUGCAACACAGGCUCUGGGCUAUCUUGGCAUGAGGGAUCAGUUUAUUCUGAAGGCGCUAUGGCAGGUGGCCAAAACUGGUCCAAAGAAAGUGAAGUAUGAGGCUUAUCGAACCCUGGCCAUCCUUGGCUGCCUGGAUAAGCAUGUGAUCCAGGCUCUCAUCACACAACUGAAGAAGGAAAGUGCGAGACACAGGAUGCAGACACUGACAAGCCUACGAGUGGCUCUGAACUCCUGGGCUGCCAGCCCUGAAGACAAGAGGACGCAAGUCGGGAAUGAAGAAGAGCUCGUUCUUGUGCUGCAGACGCUGAUAAAGUCGUCCUCAGGUGAAGCAGCCCUGGAGGCAGCCCUGUGCUUGGGUUUCCUAAGGCCCAGUAGCAACAUGGCCCAAGAAUUCUUGCUGCAGUGCCUGUGCCAAGGGACCAAGACCCAGCAGAUGAAGGCACUUAGGAUGCUGGUCAAGACCAUUCAUGUGCACUCCGCUGCAGUCACCAGGGCCAUUCUGGCCCAGCUGUGUUCUUCUACUGUCAUUGAGGACCGCUUCGAAGCCACCCAGAUGCUCAGGACCAUUGGGCUGGAAAAGAUCAAGGCACAGGGACUAGAGGAACUCACAUUUGACCUGCUCAAAUGGAAGACGCAUUACGAACCCUUCUUUGCUAUGCGGCAAGCUGUGGCUGAAACUGUGGAAGAGCUCAAUAUGAAGCCUCUGAUGAUGAACUUGGUGGAAGCGCAACUAAUGAACCCAAAUGUCAGUGCUCGCCGGGAGGCAAUCAUCUCUCUGGGUGUCCUGGGGAUCCGUAGUCCACAAGUGUUCCACUUGCUCCUGGACAUGCUAGAUGCAGAAGAGAACCAGGCUGUGAAGAAAAGUCUACAAGAAACAUUAAUCAUUUGGGCCUCAGUUGAUCCCUGGAUCCAAAAGAAGCUAAAGAACAAGGUUUUCUUUGUCUGUGAGGCACCUAAAACCAGAAAGAAGAUAGAGCCCACAAGGUUCCGGAAGGAGCCUGAGGACCAAGAAGAGUUGACUAUCCAGGACUUUCGACUAGCUAAGCUGAAUCCCUUGUUUAUUACAAAGGCCUGCACCAAGGUAGAUCAAACAAAAAAGUUUCCUGACUUUCCAUCCGAUCUUUCUAUACCACAAAAACAAAAGCAACGGACCACAGGGCCCUGGAAGCCAAGGAUCAGGCAACAGCUCUGGGCCCUUGCUGAAAUCAACAAGUAA